AUGAGGUUGAUUCAAUUAACUAUUCUUCAAUUCGUUUAUAUUGCUUUUGGUGAUUCUUGUCCAUCAAAAUGUCUAUGUACUAAUAAUGGAGAAAUCUCUUGUACAAAACAAAAUUUGACAUCUAAAGAUAUCGAAAUGAUGUUGUUUCCAAUUAAUGCUACGAUGUUGAAUCUUACAGAAAAUCUAUUGACUUAUCUUCCAACAAAUAUUUUUAACAAUUUUACGAAACUGAAGACAAUUGAUUUAAGGAGAAAUCUUUUGGAUUAUUUGCCUUCAAAUUUAUCUUUAGAAAUCCCAAGUCUUAACGUUAUAUAUUUAAACAACAACAAAUUAAGAGAAAUAAAAGAGAGCUCUUUUGAUGGAUAUGAUAAAAUUAUCACAUUAGAUUUGAGUGGUAACCUACUCGAAAAUAUACCACCCAGCGUUUUUAAAAAAUGUGCCGAUCUUUUACAUUUGAAUUUGAGAGCAAAUCAAAUUGAUAAAAUAAAUGACCAAUCAUUUGCCACUUUGGAAAAACUUAGAACCUUGUCUCUUUCAGAAAAUAAAAUUUCCUUUAUACCUCCUGGCAGUUUUAAUAGCUUAAAAAGUAUCGAGGUGAUAAAAUUAGAUGCCAACAAACUAGAAAUGAUAGCAGAAGGGCUAUUUUCUACUCACCUCAUUGAACUCCAUCUUGCCUCUAACAAAAUUGUUCAAGUUUUGCCAAAAGCCUUUCAUAAUCAAGAUUUUAAAAUUUUAGAUCUUUCAGAUAAUUACAUUACAACGCUGUCGAUGGAUUCGUUUGUUGAUGUAUACUACGAGUCAUUAGUAUUAGAUGGCAAUCCUAUUAUUUGUGAUUGCAGGUUGAAUUUACUUGUUGACCAAUAUCACAGGAUCACAGGAUCGUGUCAACUUCCGUCGGCUUUAAAAGGUUUAUCUUUGUCAAACGUAUUAUCUCAUAAUUUUUUAAAUUGUACAGUUUGCUCAAUAAAUCCUUGCCAAAACGAAGGAAAAUGCAUUAUUCAGAGUGAAGGGGACAAAUAUAGCUGUGUAUGCGAGCCAAUAUAUACAGGUAAAAAUUGCGAAACUAAAAAAAAACUAUGCGAAUUAAAUCCUUGCCUCAAUAAUGCAACUUGUUCUGACGUUAAUUCAACAAAAGGGUAUAUAUGCAACUGUACUUUUAAUUACAAAGGGCAGAAUUGUAAAGAUCUUAAAGUGUGUCUCAGUAACCCCUGCCACAACAAUGGAAUUUGUAUAGAAAACGUUAGUCAUGAAAAACAUCGUUGCAAAUGUCAGAGAGGUUUUGAAGGGACCUUUUGUCAAAAAAGAGCUAAAAAAUUUCCACCAGGAUGGAUUGCGUUAAUUAUUGUUUCAGUUGUAGUUCUUGUUAUUAUUGGCAGUGUACUUUACUUUUGCAAAUUUCGACGACAAAAAACUGUUAUAUCGGAAGAGUCACCGUUGAACGUAAAACCUGUUAUGUAA